AUGAGGCUCCUUGUCCUCCUGUUCUGCACCGCCCUGUCCGGCUGCGUUGCGGCGCGGCUGGCGGAGUCUGCGCCGCCGGCAGGAGCAGAAGGAGGAGCGGAGCGUGUGCCGGCACCCAAGCCGCCGGUCAAGUUUAAUCUCCGCUCCUCGCCGGACGCCGAAGAGGAUGGUUGUGCGCUCACCGUUGGCCACCACAACUGUUUGGAGGAUUGCAAAUUCAACGUGACGGCGAAAACUUUUUUCAUCAUCCACGGCUGGACGAUGAGUGGCAUGUUUGAAACCUGGCUGGGCAGCUUGGUGUCUGCUCUUCAGGAGAGGGAGAAGGAUGCCAACGUGGUGGUGGUGGACUGGCUGCCCCUUGCCCACCAGCUCUACACUGACGCUGUGAACAACACACAGAUCGUGGGGAAGAGCAUCGCCAGGCUGCUCAACUGGUUGCAGGAGAACCCACUCUUCAAGCUUGAGAAUGUCCACCUGAUUGGGUACAGCCUGGGUGCCCAUGUUGCAGGCUUUGCUGGUAACCAUGUCCAUGGGACAAUAGGCAGAAUCACAGGCUUAGAUCCAGCUGGCCCGAUGUUUGAGGGGGUGGACCCUAGCAAGCGCCUCUCCCCCGACGACGCCAGCUUCGUGGAUGUCCUUCACACCUACACGAGGGAAACGCUGGGCGUGAGCAUCGGGAUCCAGAUGCCUGUGGGCCAUGUGGACAUCUACCCCAAUGGGGGAGACUUCCAGCCUGGCUGUGGUUUAAGUGAUGUCUUGGGAGCCAUUGCCUAUGGAACCAUUGGUGAGGUUGUGAAAUGUGAACACGAGCGGUCUGUGCACCUCUUUGUGGACUCCCUGGUCAACCAAGACAAGCAGAGCUUCGCCUUCCAGUGCACCGACUCCAGCCGCUUCAAGAAGGGCAUCUGCCUGAGCUGCCGCAAGAACCGCUGCAACGGCAUCGGCUACAACGCCAGGAAGACUCGCAACAGGAGGAACAGCAAGAUGUACCUGAAGACAAGGGCAGACAUGCCAUUCAAAGUCUACCAUUACCAGAUGAAAAUGCAUGUCUUCAGCUACAGCAGCUUGGGAGAGGUUGACCCUACUUUCUCUGUCACCCUUCAUGGCACCAAUGGAGACUCUGAGCCUCUCCCUCUUGAAAUGCUCGAUCAAAUUGGCCUCAAUGCUACUAACACCUUCCUGGUCUAUACUGAAGAGGACAUGGGUGAGCUGCUGAAAAUAAAGCUCACCUGGGAGGGAACAUCCCAGUCGUGGUAUGAUCUGUGGAAAGAGCUGAAGAGCUACUGGUAUCGACCUGUGAAGGCUCUCCAGGAGCUGCACGUCAGGCGCAUACGUGUGAAGUCUGGGGAAACCCAGCAGAGGUUUGCUUUCUGUGUGGAAGAUUCCCAGCUAACCAGCAUAUCACCUGGUAAAGAGCUCUGGUUUGUGAAGUGCACAGAAGAAUGGCAAAAAAGGUCUGUCUCAAACAUGCUCUGA